CAAAUUGAGAAAUCAUAAGCUUCUUUCGCGGCUCAAGUGUUCAAUUGAACAUAACCCAAUACAACAUCUAAAUGGUUGAUGCAUAUAUUGGGAGUUGCUCAAUGGAUUUUUUUUUGUUCUUUUGGGGGUUUUUGACAUAGUGCUAAAAGACACAGGAAAAAAAAACUUCCGGGAAUUUUGGGCAUCUGAUGUGUGUAAAUAAAGUAAAUUCUUGUGAUUUCAUGUGCGCGCAUGGGUGAUUUUUUUUCUGGUUGUUGUUAAAUCAACAUCGCCCGUGACCCCAAAAAGACAACAUAAUUGAGCAAAGAGAUAUCCAACAAAUACACACGCUUAAGGCGAUUUCCAUACGUGAAUUUGAGAGGUUUAUUUUGGCCAGAACAAGGCUGAAAUUGGCAUUUUCCCCACCUAUUAGUCACCCAUGUUGAAUAUAAUAACCAAAGUGGCGAAUGCAAAGAGAUCACUAACUGCAGUGCUGUUGUUAUGAGACUGCACUAGUCAGUCGAUCGCGGAUCUCUUUUUUUUCCACCGCGAGAUUAGGUGGCAAUAGACGAAAUCUUAUCUAACGUGGUGUCUUGCGAGCGCGUGUGUGUGUGUCCGGAAAACGAUGGCCUGCGUAUCGGAUAUUGACUUGGCCACUCUGCACAAGACGCGCCUCGAGGAGCAGAUCAAGUACAAGCUGUCGUGGUGCGCGCCGAGGCGUCCGCUGCUCAGGCAGCCCAAGGAGAUCACGACCGGACAGAGCGGGCAGACGAGAGUGCAGCACAGUGAGAAGUGCGACCGAGCACGUGAUUGUGAUAACCGAACGCAUGGUGUAAUAUGUGAGAACGUCAACGGGGUGGACAAUGAGUUCCGCAAAGACUACUUUACGUCAUCCACAAGAAGGAGACGCUCCGGAACGUGGCCGCGUACAAGAAGUCUCAACGCACCGUCGCCGUUCCAGCAAUUUGGACCAUGUGGACGUAUUAUGAAGAACUCGGCGAUGGUUAUGCAAAUACAAGAUCCGGCUAGUCAACGGUUAACAUGGUACAAGCCACCGCUAGCCGUGCUCGUUAUCAAGAAGGUUCGUGACUCAACAGUACUGCCACCUUUUGUCCAGCUCGUCGAGUGGCUCAUUCAGGAGAAGCACAUGGUGGUUUGGGUGGAGUCGGCGGUUCUGGAAGAUCCACUCCUUCUCGAAGACAAGCGAUUCCACAAGAUCAAGGACAAGUUAGUGACGUUCAAGGACGGCAAGGACGAUCUGACGGACAGGAUUGACUUCAUCGUGUGCCUGGGCGGCGAUGGGACGCUCCUGUAUGCGUCACUGUUGUUCCAGAAGUCCGUGCCGCCGGUGAUGGCAUUCCACUUGGGCUCUCUGGGCUUCCUCACGCCAUUCCAGUUUGACAAUUUCCAGGAGCAGGUGACCAAUGUGCUGGAGGGUCACGCGGCGCUCACAUUGCGCAGCCGGCUGCGGUGCAUGAUUGUGCAGAAGUCGGCCAAGAUGGACUUUGACUAUCUGCCGAUGCUGGAGAACAUGCAUGGCUCGUCGCGCGACGGUUCAACCAAUAUUCUGGUGCUGAACGAGGUGGUGAUCGAUCGCGGACCAAGUCCGUAUCUCAGCAACAUCGACCUGUUCCUCGAUGGGAAGCACAUCACGUCCGUGCAGGGUGACGGCCUGAUUGUGUCCACGCCAACGGGCAGCACGGCGUACGCCGUGGCGGCCGGAGCCUCCAUGAUUCAUCCAUCGGUGCCAGCCAUCAUGGUCACACCCAUUUGUCCGCACUCGCUCAGCUUCCGGCCCAUCGUUGUGCCGGCUGGUGUUGAACUCAAGAUAUCAAUCUCACCCGACAGUCGCAACACGGCGUGGGUGUCUUUCGACGGGCGCAAUCGGCAGGAGUUGCUGCACGGCGACAGCUUGCGCGUGACGACGUCGAUAUAUCCGGUGCCAAGUAUUUGUGCUCAGGAUCAGAUCUCGGACUGGUUCGAUUCGCUGGCCGAGUGUCUUCACUGGAACGUGAGGAAGCGCCAGAAGUGCCUUGAUGAGUUGUCCGAUCUCACGGGAUCCGGAUCUGAGGAUACGCUCGAUGAGCUUGUCGUGGAUGGUCACUGAAAAUGUGGUUAAAAUUCUGCUCUUUACAAUUUGUUAUAAUAAUCAUAGUUACUUUGUACCAACUUUGUGAAAGAUGGCAACUGAUUAUUCUCGCGCUCUCAGAAGAUAUAUAUAUAUAUAUGUGUAUGUUUCUCAAUAUAAAAUGAUGCC